AUGGAUCAUCCGGGCUUCUUACGCGCUGGCAGUAUGGACAAUGACCCUUACACACUCGACCCAUACGGCGAUGUGAUGCUCCUGUUCCCCAGUGUCAGCAAAGCCUCUCCUAGUCAGAGUAUGGAAACUAGCAGUCAGAGUCUUCCGACAUCUGCCAUGAUCGACACGCCUGCCCUUGAACAAAAUACCAGCGGUGUUGAUACCACUUCUGACCCAGAAGCCGUCUCACACCAACCAUCAAGCUCUGAGAUUAGUGACGCGAACGAAGUAGGACAUUUCGAGAGUGGUCUCGUCGGCAUGCGCGUCUCCUCAAGACACUUGGCCCUCGCCUCUCCCGUGUUCAACCGCAUGCUCAACGGCAACUGGUACGAGGCGCGCGAGAUCCGCUCCCAAGGCAUCGCAGUUAUCAUCAUGGACAUUUGGGACGUUGACAUCACACUCAUCAUCAUGAACAUCCUGCAUGGCUAUGCGCCACAGGUCCCUCGCAAGGUUGAUCUGGACACUCUAGCCAAAAUCGCUGUGAUGGUUGAUUAUUACCAAUGUCGUGGGGUCGUAGAUGUCUUCGCGGAUAUCUGGAUCGAUGAGUUGAAGGCGGAUAUGCCGAGGACUUUUGGGAAGGCGGUCCUUCAAUGGAUAUGCAUCGCCUGGGUGUUUCGCAAGCAAACGGAGUUCUUUGCAGCUACGCGAGUUGCCCUCGUCGAGAGUCCUGGAGUGGUACAUGCAUACGGACUCCCUAUUCCUAACAGAGUGAUCGAAACAAUCAACGAGUCUCGACAGCAGGGAAUCAGAGAGGCUCUGGCCGCCAUUGAUCGAGUAAUCGAUGAUCUGAGCUCUUCCACACACAGAUGCUCUUUCGAAUGCAGUUCAAUACUUCUUGGAGCUUUGAUGAAAUUCCUGCGAUUGUCCAAUCUUAUUUUUCCGGAUCCAAGACCUCCUUAUGAUAACCUGAGCAUUGGAUCCCUGACAAGAAGCGUGGUCCUCUUUGCUCGAUCUCCUCUCUGGGAGGCUAGGCUGUCAACGAAGGGGCGUCCUGAAUGGCACAGCUGCAGACUGGGAAUCCUCCUUGAUCCUGUCCGCAGGGAACUAGAGGCCAAGAUGUCCGGAUUGAAACUGGAGGACUUUGAAUGA